CUUUUUAAGUUUCGGCAAACUCAAAAAAACCUGGACAAGACGAAAACCCAGUCAAGCCAUCCCUCCAAAUCACAACACAAUGUCUGCUCACACUCUCCUCUUGUGAUCUCCGAGCCUCCGAUUCUGCACCAGCAAUGGAUCCAUGCCCAUUCGUGCGAGUCACAGUGGCCAAUUUGGCUCUCAAAAUCCCCCUCGCUUCGAAACCCGCCCGCACCGUCGUCCACCCUUCCUCCUCCCCAUGCUUCUGCAAGAUCAAGCUCAACAACCUCCCCCUCCAGACCGCCGUCGUUCCCUGCCUCCCACCGGACACACAGACCCUGGACGCCAACACCGGCCACGGAGUGUUGGCCGCUACUUUCCACCUCAGCAAGUCCGAUCUGGACCGGGUCGCGUCCAAGUCCAUCUUCUCCGGGAAACUCUGCCUCAAAAUCGCCAUCUACACCGGCCGAAGGGGCACCACCUGUGGGGUUAGCUCCGGGAGGCUUCUGGGCCGGGUUUCCGUCCCUUUGCAUCUGGCGGGAACCGAGUCCAAGCCCAGUGUGUUCCAAAACGGGUGGGUCUCCGUCGGUAAGAAAAGCUCCGGUGCUCAGAUUACGCAGUUUCAUUUGAAUGUCAGGGCCGAACCCGACCCGAGAUUCGUGUUUCAGUUCGACGGCGAGCCCGAGUGUAGUCCUCAAGUGUUUCAGAUUCAAGGUAACAUUCGGCAGCCUGUCUUCACCUGCAAAUUCAGCUUCCGAACCACCGGCGGUGAUCGAACCCAGAGAUCCAGGUCACUACAGUCCGACCAGGGUGGCUCCAGAAGCUGGCUGAGCUCGUUCGGGAGUGAGAGAGAGCGACCCGGGAAGGAGCGUAAAGGCUGGUCCGUAACGGUCCACGACUUAUCCGGGUCGCCGGUGGCGGCGGCAUCAAUGGUCACGCCCUUUGUGGCCUCACCGGGUUCCGACCGGGUCAGCCGCUCCAACCCGGGUUCCUGGCUCAUUCUCCGACCCGGAGACGGCACCUGGCAGCCCUGGGGGCGCCUCGAGGCCUGGAGAGAGCGCGGCGGGGCCGAUGGGCUGGGAUACCGGUUUGAGCUCAUACCCGACUCCAACGGUGGUAUGAGCGCCGGCGGCAUUGUUCUGGCGGAGUCGACUCUGAGUUUAAACAAGGGCGGGAAGUUUGUUCUGGACCUCGGGUCGAAUUCCGGGUCGGGUCAGCGCGGCGGGGCUCCGGUGGUGCCGAACUCGCCUGCGGUCAGCCCGAAGAGCAGCGGGGACUUCGGGUAUGGGUUGUGGCCAUAUUGCUUGUACAGGGGGUUUGUGAUGUCGGCGCGUGUGGAGGGGGAGGGGAGGUGCAGCAAGCCUACGGUGGAGGUGAGCGUGCAGCACGUGAGCUGCACGGAAGACGCCGCGGCCUACGUGGCGUUAGCUGCCGCCGUGGAUCUCUGCAUGGACGCUUGCCGGCUCUUCUCGCAGCGGCUGAGGAAAGAGCUCUGCCUGCCGUCGGAUUUGCAAGGAUGAUUCGGCCACUAUCCGGCGCCGUUUUGUCUCGUCUCUGAUUCUAUUCAAUCAGCAUGUGAGUGGGGUUUGGUGGAUUUGGAUAUUGGAUUCCAAAUUUUGCCGUGAGAGUUUUGUUUUUACUUUUACCGACUAACGGAGUAAGUACUCAGUAGUGUGUACAGUAAGUGAAAAUUAGGCAGGGCACGCUUUGUUUUUGCUUGUGUGGCUUGUGUUUAAUCUCCUUUUGUUACCUAUUUUAGUUUUUGAAGUGAAGGGUUUGCUUAGUUAAUUGUAAGUUUUCCUUGUUGGGGUAAUGUAGUUUGCUGACAUUGAAAAAUUCUGUUAUGCUAUUUCUGUUAUCAAAGGAAAUAUGGAAUAGCU